AUGAAUAAAUAUUGCACACGAUUUAAAGAUCCAGUGAUGGAAAAAUAAUAUAUAAACCAUAAAGUCAAGGUGAUUUAGUUUCCAAUUUUAACUUAUUUGUCAUAUGGGGGUACCAUUUUAUUAUUUGCUAAUUCAAUUGCCAACUUGAUAAACAGCGAUUACAAAAAUGCAUUGAUCAAAGGUGCAGUCAUGAUAUAUAUAUUGUUGCAGUAUAUAAUUUUGAGAAGAAAUGAAUCAUUUAGAAUGAAUUAUUGUAACUUGGCACUAAUGAUGACAAAUUUUUCAUCAUUAGCCUUCGAGAUUUCAAUAUACCCUCUUUACGAUUAUUAUGAUGGCUAUUUACUUGGAUCUAAUUAGAUGCUCGUACAUACAAUUUGUAUGUUUGCAUGCAAUCUGGAAUUGGGCAUCUUUAGUAAUAUUGCUUUAACAAUAGUAAGAAUAAUAUUAGUAAUUGAAAACUCAGACAAUCUUACUGUAUAAUAAUAUUUUUAUUCAAUAAUUAUGUCAUUGAGUUUCAUGGUGAUUUAAUAUUAAUUAGAAAAACAGUAUAGACAAUCCUUCUAUUUGUAAUUCAAGGACAAUAGUUGGGAAAUUUUGAUUCCUUUGCUUUUGAAGAAACCCUUUUUCAUCUUCACCUUUAAUAAAAAUACUAACAUGUACCAAACUAUCAUGAGUGCUUAAACGGAAUUCUUCAACUCCGAAAAGCCCCUUACUACUUUCUUAUUUAAAUCCAAAGUAAAAUAACAGACGCUUGAAAAAUAUUUAAUAAAAAAAACUCAUAUCAAUGCAGGUAGGAAGCAAUCGCCUUGUUUAUUUAAUCAUUAAUUGGUAAUUGAAUAUCAGACGAAGAAACUAUAAGCUUCACUUGUGUGUUGUAGAUAUGAGCAAUUGAUUUAUGCAAUUAUUAUCGAUUCUGAAGAUCCACUAUUAAAUUAAAGCAAUAUCAAAUUGCAUUAAUCUCUAUAGCACUUUAGGAAUAUUCUAAAUACUUAACUGAUGCAAAUCAAUAAAGUGUUGGGUCUUUACUUACAAGAAACCUUUAGUCCUUUAUUGAGGGAUCUUAGGAUAUCUUUAUUUGAAGUAUAUUACAAAUAAUUAUCGAAUCAAAAGUUGUAGUUAGUGAAAAUGAAAAAGUUGCUACUUAAAUGCACCAAAAUAUUUGAAACUCCAUAUACGAAAAUAAAAAUUGAUUGUGGGGAAGAUAUUCGAUUUGCAACCAUAAAAUCUACUUUAAUUAUUUUUAUUUUUGAAAUUUUGAAGCAAGUAGAAAAGAAUCAAUAAGUCUUCAUCUUUGUUAAUCAAAAAACCACAACUACAUUGUUAAUCUAUGGUUUAAAGUAAUUGCCUUAAACUGGUUAAUUUUAGAAAUGCUUAUAAACUCUAAUUGAUAAAAGCAACAUUACAACUUAAUAUUUUUCUUUUGAAUUUUUAAAAUCUCCCUCUUCUCAUUUUCAUUUUGAGACUCAUAAUAAGUAUUAAUAAUUAAUUUGA